GGGAAAGCACGGAAGGCGGCGGUUGGACAAGAGGAAGGCCACGCCCAUCGCGCCAACGUCUCUGCGCAUGCUCAGAGCUGUGGUUUCUGGUACUUUAGUCGCGCCUGCGGACUUCCAGCUCAGUUCGCUUCCGGACGUCGGGUUUGGAGGUCGUGGGUCGUCGUGUCGCCCUUUCCCACGGACUGACGCUUUUCCUCAGCUUCGAGGGCAAGGCGUCCAUCGGCCGUUUCUCACCGUCUUGAGUGAGGCAUCGGCGACUGGUGAACCAAGGUUUGGGGAAGCUGACGGCGCAGGCCGAGAUGCCCAACUACGUGAACGACAUGUGGCCCGGCUCGCCGCAGAAGGACUCCCCGUCGACGGCCCGCUCGGGCAGAUCCAGCCGCCUGUCCUCGGCGUCCAGGACCUCUCGCUCGGGCUCCAGCGGCUGCGGGUGCCGGUCGCCGUCCGGGAGCCGGAACGCGCCUCGCAGAAGAAGCGGGUCUCAUUCCAGAGGCCGUCCCCGGAGACCGCACCGGCACAGCUCGCGCUCCGCCUCGCGCAGCGGGUCGCGGUCGCGCAGCCGCCGCAGCCGGCGGAGAGCCCGCGGCGCCUCCCGGAGACCUUACCUGUCCCCUCCUCGGCGCUGCUCCCGCAGCAGGUCCCGCUCCCGGGGACGGUCGCCUUCCCGAAGGGCCGGCAGCAUCCCGCGGGGGCGGCGUUACUACGGCUUCGGGCGCACGGUGUACCCUGAGGAACAGAGAAGUUGGAGGGCGAGAUCCAGGACGAGGUCACGGAGCCGAACCCCCUUUCGUUUGAGUGAGAAAGAUCGUUUGGAGCUGUUAGAAAUAGCAAAAGCCAACGUAACAAAAGUCUUAGGAACAUCCAACUUUGAAUUACCACCUAGUCUAAGAACUGUAUCUGGAACAUCUGUAUCAAAUGAUGCAAAGUUUGAGAUGUCAGAAAAGCUAACAGAAGAUGGAACUGAAAAUUCAGAUGAAAAGUCUAACCAGCAAAAAAGCGUUGCUUCAAAUAAUUCUUCAGCAAAGCCAGUGCUUCAGAAAGCAGCUAAAACUUCUGCUGUAGAGACCUCUUCAGGAUUCCCAAAAAUUGAUUUAAAAAAGAGUCCAUAUGAACUGUGGAUACCUAUUUAAAGGAAAAUAUGGCCAUGGUUGCCUAAAAUGCACUUUACUACAAGUUUGUUUCUAGCAUUAUUGUAUCCUUUGGGCCAUUUAUUGGUAAUUGUUGCAGUUAAAAAACCAACACAAAAAGAUGUCGAUGCUUAAUAUUUUAAGAUUAACAUUUUAGAUCUCUUGCAGAUAAAAGAUAGCACAAAUGGACCAGAAGUUACAUUACAGGUGGGAAUCUUAUAUAUGUAUUUGUAAAUGUUUUGUAUAAUAAGAUUGGUCAUUUAGAAAUGAAUUUGUAGGACACAGUAAUUAAACUGUUUUGUAUAUAUUUGUUAAUAAAGUUAUUUU